UUAAGAAACAACUGUUAUUGUCUUUCGCAGCAAUACUCUCUUCUCCUUUCUCUUUCCUUUUACUCUCUGCACUGACCACUCGACCUCUCUCUUCCAUUCAUUCCACCACAAUAUUCAACCCCCCAAAAACAAAAACUAAGUCUAAUUCUCAAACACCAAUUUUUUUUUUUAACCAAAUUCCACUUCUGUUACAGAUCUCAAACUCCCACUUUUUGAUCUGUAACAGAUUACCCAAAAGCCGUAACGUUUGCUUUUUUCUUUAUCUUUUUUUUAAAUCUAAAUUUUCUGGGAAAACAGUUUGCCCGGAAAUCAUUUUCUUGUAAUUAAAGAGUAUGAGGCGGAGACCUGUGGAUUUUCGGAGGCCAGUGAGGAGGCGAUUUCCGAAUGUGUUGUGGUGGGUAUUGUGUGGAGUAGCGGUUCUGCUUUUCAUUUUUGUUUUGAGCAAAGGGAGUCAGAUUGAGUCAAGGCCAACGAUUCCUCAGAGACCUUACAGGCAUGAUAGAAUAAUGGAAGGCCUUAACAUUACUGAAGAAAUGUUGAGCCCUGACUCGGUCGCCAGGCAACUCAGUGACCAAAUUUCUCUUGCAAAAGCUUUUGUGGUAAUAGCAAAGGAGAGCAACAACCUUCAAUUUGCUUGGGAAUUAAGUGCCCAGAUUCGUAAUUCACAGAUCCUCCUCUCAAAUGCUGCAAUAAGGCGAACACCCUUGACAACCAGUGAAUCAGAAACUGCGAUCCGAGAUAUGGCAGUUUUGCUCUACCAAGCUCAGCAACUCCAUUAUGACAGUGCCACCAUGAUCAUGAGACUGAAAGCCAGAAUCCAAGCUCUCGAAGAACAAAUGAGUUCUGUGAGUGAAAAGAGUUCAAAAUAUGGACAAAUAGCUGCUGAAGAAGUCCCAAAAAGUUUAUAUUGCCUUGGUGUUCGCUUAACAACAGAGUGGUUUGGAAAUGUAAACAUACAGAGGAAACUUCGGGAAAAAAAGCAACUAGACAUGAAACUUAAAGACAACAAUCUCUAUCAUUUCUGUGUCUUUUCAGACAACAUCCUUGCUACUUCAGUUGUGGUCAAUUCAACUGCUUUAAAUUCCAACAAUCCAGAUAUGGUUGUUUUCCAUCUUGUAACCGAUGAAAUAAAUUAUGCUCCAAUGAAGGCUUGGUUUGCCAUGAAUGAUUUUCGAGGAGUGACUGUUGAGGUUCAAAAGUUUGAUGACUUUAGUUGGUUAAAUGCUUCUUAUGUUCCUGUUCUUAAGCAACUUCAAGACUCUGAAACUCAAAGCUAUUAUUUCUCUGGCAAUAGUGAUGAUGGCCGGACUCCAAUCAAGUUUCGGAACCCUAAGUAUUUAUCCAUGCUUAACCACCUCAGGUUUUAUAUCCCAGAAGUAUUUCCUGCAUUGAAGAAAGUGGUAUUUCUCGACGAUGAUGUUGUGGUUCAAAAGGAUCUGUCUGCUCUUUUCACCAUUGAUUUGAACAGCAAUGUCAAUGGAGCUGUUGAGACAUGCAUGGAAACAUUUCAUAGAUACCACAAGUACUUGAAUUACUCUCACCCUCUUAUAAGAGCGCACUUUGACCCUGAUGCAUGUGGAUGGGCUUUUGGGAUGAAUGUUUUUGACCUGGUAGAGUGGAGGAAAAGGAAUGUAACUGGUAUCUACCACUACUGGCAGGAAAGGAAUGUUGACCGGACUUUGUGGAAACUUGGCACACUGCCACCUGGACUGUUGACAUUCUAUGGAUUGACAGAGCCUUUGGAUUCCUCAUGGCAUGUUUUGGGGCUUGGUUACACAAAUGUUGAUCCUCAGGCAAUAGAGAAGGGUGCUGUACUGCACUUCAAUGGAAAUUCAAAGCCAUGGUUGAAGAUUGGGAUUGAAAAAUACAAGCCCCUUUGGGAGAAACAUGUUGAUUAUUCUCAUUAUCUAUUGCAACAGUGCAACUUUCAUUGAUUUUGGACAUGGAAGUUAUCUCUUCCAUGAAAAAUUGGGUGCAUGAGAAGAUUUGAAUUUUGUUCUCAGGAAUGCUUGUACGAAUUUUUACUACAUCAAGCAUGGCUCGUGGUUGUAACAUGGCUAUUUAUUGAUUCUCUAAUUUCUGUUGUAGUACAGAUGUUCAUUUUUAUAUCGAUUAUUCAAUGAUAUUAAUGUUUAGUUUUGGUCCU